AUGAGAGCUCCAUUGAGUGUGGACAGCUUAAUAAGCAAUGCUGGGAUGGGUCUGAUUGGACCCAUCAGGUGUCAGUCCAUCGAUGAGUUGAAAACCGUCAUGGGCACCAACUUUUUUGGGCUCGUGCGCCUGCUGAAGGAAAUCCUCCCUGACAGGAGGAAAAAAGGCCACAACGUGGUCAUGGGCCAGCGUCAUCGGCAUCCAGGGAUAUUAUUCAAUGAUGUCUACGUGUUUGCAGUCGAGGGCUUUUGUGAAAGCUUAACGGUGCAAGCCCUGAGAUUUAAUCUCAGCAUCAGCCUGAUAGGGCCGGUGCUAACAGAGAUUGAGCGUGAAGUCUAAGAGGGCAUGAAGACAGAUCUCAGCAAAGCUGACAAGGUGACUGCCGACAUGUUCGUCAACAUCAACUUUAAGAUCUACAAUCAGAUCUUUGAAAACCUUCGGGCAGAGCAUACUUUCAAGAUCAUCACCAUGGAGAACCCCCCUUUAACGCUUUACACCCUGAUGACCACACUCAAAUAUGCGGACCCCAACGGCGACCUCUUGAUUGACACGUUUUACAAAAUGGUGUUUGAACUAGACAAGGUCUUCAACGCCAUGCAGUCUGAACUUUAAACAUUAUUUAGCUGGAGAAGCCGAAAGAGCUUCACCUUGGAAAAGAUCAACUCGUGUCAUGUUGACCUGAGCUAG